AUGGAGAGAUCAUGGUUUUACCCAUAUCCAUUUUGGUGCUAUCCGAAUAGCUUUAACAUAUCACAGAAGAAAAGGUUAACCUGUUGUAGCUCGACUUCUCUUCUAGAUACAAGAUACUUGGAGUACCAACAUGCAAAUUUGGGUACUGCAAAAGUUACCCUGAAUGCUGGGACUGUAUUCUUAACUAUCUUUCUAGAUUUCAACAUGUCCCUUUAUGAUCCAUACUUAACCGAAGCACUAAAAAUCCAAGUCCAAAUCCAAGGAGCCCCGCAAGCCAAAGAUUCCAUCCAAGCCAGUCUUCAUCACCAAAUGGCGUGGCGAGUCCAAAAUCAUACCAUGGAUCUUUGCCUUCCCGGAGGAGAAAAUACUUUACUCUUAAAUAUUGAUACUACCAAAGGAAACACCAUGUGCACACAAAUACCCAGACAAAUUUCUAGAGAUGAGCUUGUCAAAAUUCUUCCUGAUUACUGGAUCACAAAUUAUGAAAAAUUAAGGGAACCAGAGGAAUCUCUGCAAUCUGGUGAACCAACUUUUACCAAAAGAAAUGACAAAACCGUUUGUAUAAGCUUUGACCAUUCCCAUCUCAAAAAACCCAAUAAAACCGUCGUUUCUUUCCACAUGAUUCAACCCAGAGAUACAACAGAUACAUACCCUGAACCUGACAAAAAGUUUUUCUGGAAUAUACAAAGCAUCAUGGAAGAACAUGACUGGUGUCAACAUUUUGGCAAAGAAGGAAAAAGAGUUUGGCGGUUCAAAUGCCCCUUUACGGGACACUGCCCUUGGGAUCUUGACUACCAUUGCCAAGACUGUUUAGAAGACCCAAUUGGAGAAUGUAAUGAACACCAUCUGCGUCGUUGGGAACGAUUUGGACUCAAUAAGACCAAACCAAAAUCCAAAAAAAGGGAAGACCACUGA